UGAAGGGCCUCAACGUGCGCGAAGUAUUGGCAUUUGUGAUUAGUUUGCGAAAGGUACGGCGGUCACCUGUUAAACAUCUAGUGGACUAGCUCCGCCGGCAGUGAUGAACAGCGCUCCGGCGGCAGAGGAGCCGGCGGCGGCGGCGGCGCGCGGCGCGCGACCACCGCUGACGGCCGCCUCCAGCGCCGCCUCCAUCGACGACAGCACCGUCUCGCUGGCCGGCACCGACCGGGCCGACGGCGCCGACCUGGAGCAGCUCUCGGACGAGGAGGAGGACGAGGCGGCCGCCGUCGUGGCCGGCUCGCUGCAGUUCGCCUUGAACGAGCCGGAGGCGCCGAUCCGGGCCAGCGCGCAGCCGGCGUCGGCGGUCGGCGCUGGUGCUGGCGGCGACGGCGCCGACGUGGUCGCCGACGCCGACGCCGUCGCUGUCGCCGUCGCCGACACCGAGCACGAGCUCGGCCAGGAGCUCGAUGAGCCGGCCGCCGUCUACACCGGUCGUCCGGGCGAUCCGGAGCUGCCCGAGGGCAUCGACAAGGACACGGUCACCGUGCUCACCAACGAGUACGGCUGCAAGGCCUGGCUCAUUGGCACGGCCCACUUCAGCAAGAAGAGCCAGGAGGACGUGGCCAAGCUGAUCCGGUUCGUUCGGCCGGAGUGCGUAAUGCUGGAGCUGUGUCGCAGCCGCGUCAACAUCCUGCACAUGGACGAGUCCAACAUCGAGGAGGAGCUGAAGGCGCUCAACUUCGAGCGUGUGUUGGAGAUCCUGCGCCAGAGCGGCGUCGUCGAGGGCUGCCUCUAUCUGCUGAUGCUCAACCUGUCGGCCCACCUGACGCGCGAGCUCGGCAUGGCGCCCGGCGGCGAGUUCCGCACGGCCUACCAGGAGGCGCGGCAGCUGCCGGGCUGUGAAGUGCGCCUGGGCGACCGGCCCAUCCACAUCACCAUCGAGCGCGCGCUGGCCUCGCUCAACGCCUGGAAGAAGCUGCGGCUCGCCUACAACUUGCUCACCUCCAAAGGCUCCAUCACGAAGGAGGAGGUGGAGCGGUGCAAGCAGAAGGAGAUGCUGGAGGAGAUGCUGGAGGAGAUGGCAGGCGACUUCCCCGGCCUGGGCGAGGUGUUUGUCAACGAGCGGGACGUCUUCCUGUGCGCCUCGCUGGCCGACGCCACGCGGGUCGUGCCCUGCAAUACGCUCUCAGGCUGGCGGCCGUCCCGCACGGUGGGCGUGGUGGGCAUCGGCCACGUGCCGGGCAUGAUCCGCAACUGGGGCAAGGUCGACCAUCGGGAUCAGGCGGCGCUGAUGCGGGUGGCGCCACCGUCGCUGCUGGGCCGCGCUGUGCGCAUCACGGUGCGGCUGACCAUCUGGGGCCUGGUGGCCUACUGUGUGUACCGGGUGGCGCCCGUGCCGCGCAAGGAGGCCUGGGUCACCGGACUGAGGGACGGCAUCAGUCAGCAACGUCACGGCCGCGAAGGCCACAGUUCUGCAGCGCUUCAGCGCCGCCAGUUAGCCGGUGGCCGCGCCCGUCCGCCACCAUUUGUUGCAAUGAACGACGAGUACUUCCACGAGGACGCGCGUCUGUUCUACACCGCGGAGAACUGUCCCGGUCUAGGCUGCGACCGCGCGCUCUUCGACGUGCAGCUGUGCAACGCGCUGUGCGCGUGCGGCGCCGAGUGCGCGCGGCGCGUGGUGCAGCGCGGCCCGCGGGCCGGACUGGAGGUGUUCGAUGCCGGCCGCCGUGGCCUCGGCCUGCGCUCGCGGCUCGCGAUCGCAGCUGGCGAGUUCGUCUGCUGCUACGCCGGCGAGGUGGUGGGCGCGGCCGAGGCCGCCCGUCGAUUCGCCACCCAGCCGCCGGCGGCACACAACUACAUCCUGGCGGUGCGCGAGCACUGCGCCGGCCGUCUCACCGUCACCUACAUCGACGCGACGCGCGCGUGUAACGUGGGUCACUACGCCAACCACUCGUGUCGGCCGAACCUGGCGCUGCGGCCGGUGCGCGUGGACUCGCCGGUGCCGCACGCGGCGCUCUUCGCCGCGCGGCCUGUGCGGCCCGGCGAGGAGCUCACCUUCAGCUACGGCGAGGCGGCGGCGGCCGCGGCCGGCCGCGCCUGUCUCUGCGGCGAGCGCGAGUGCCGUGGCUGGCUGCCGAGCCAGGCGGUGACGGAGGAGGAGGAGGGGGCCGGCGGGGAGGCGCGCCCCCAGCGAGCGGGCGGGCCGGUCCACGGCGAGCAGCUGUGAGGACGGCAGUGGUGCCACCUGUCGGCAGCAACCCGCGACAUUCGGCCGACUGUGCUAAUGAUGCGGGGUGGUGUAGACUAACAGACUUGUUUGUAGGCGUUUUCGGUCUGCCCCGUUUUGAGCUAUUUUUACGUGCUCGUGGGCUGUCCGGCGCGUUGUGAGUUGCUGAUCUGAUGGCGAGGACGGCAAGGCAGCAGAGCCUAUCGGCGAGGCAGGGGCGUGCAGGACGCAGCGCUGCAUGGGGUCUGCCGUGCGUGAGUGGUUGUGGUGUUGCGUUACAAAUUUGGAGGUUUUUAGAUUAAAUAAAACGACGGCGUUGAUCUGGCUGUGCUGCAGUGAACGAGGCAGAGGGUUCCCCUGGUGGUGGCUAGCGUUUGUGAUGGGGCUGUGUCACCAUGCGUUAAAGGGUGCUGUUAGGUGUAUUGAUUGGAGGAAUACAU